AUGCGUACACAGGCACCACCACCGCCUCCGGCACGCCGGGAAGUGGCUGGCAAGCAGAUGAACAACUUCCGGCACACCAUUCACGGCCCUUCGGCGCCAUCCGUCAACGGAGAGGAUGCGAUCGAUGGGCACGAAGGAGGACCACCUCAGCAUCUGCCAUUGGCGCUGAACGGUCACGGAGGAAUGCACAAAUCACCGCUGAUAUCGUUCCGUUCGGUGGACAUCGGAUCGCCGGUCACCGAUGACAGCUACUGUCCGCAAAGUGAACCCCUCAAGCGGAAGAUCUACACGUGCAGCUCCGCGUUCGAGAAAAUUCAACGCAGUCUCGAUCAGGAUCCAGAUCGAACACUGUUCAAAUCUGUGCCCAUUACUGUCUACAAGAGCAUGUACCGAGCUAAGCUAAUGAAAGAGAUCUCUGAGUUUUUUCCUGGACAUCUGUUUAAUGCCAAUGUGAAAGUUGAACAUCAGGAUGGAUCACCUGCAAAGAACGUGAUCUGCCACGUAGAAGUGGACGGCAUCGUGGGAACUUUCGAUAAAAAUCUUGCAACUGAUAAUAACGGUGUAAUUCCACUCCAGCUGAUGCCGUCGGAUGAUGACGAAAUAACCAUUGAAGUUUCCAUAGGAGGCAAUGAAGUACUCAGUGAGGAUAUUUCCAAGGGCGAAUCGAACCGAGACACAUUUCUUAAAAUUGAGCAGAAUUCCAAGUACCUGCCAGAAGUGGAAGCAAAGAUGUUAGAUGAAGCAUUCAAUUGGCUCGCUGCGAAACAACAGAACGAUGGGAAAUUUGAAGAAAUUGGUCCCAUUGUGCUGAAAGAUAUGCAGACAACAUCUCGUAAAAGUAUUGCCUUGACCUCGUAUGUUAUAACCGCCUUCCUUGAAAACCCCAAUACUAAACAAAAGCAUUCCAACAUCGUAAAAAAAGGCGUCGACUAUAUCUUGCAGUACAAGGAUAAUAUUGAGGACUCGUUCGAUUUAGCCAUAGCCGCAUAUGCUCUUUCUUUGUAUGAUUCUGGUGCAGGAGCCUUGUCCAGCUUUAAAAAAAGGCUACUAAACAAAGCUAAUAUGACUGAAGAAUUUAUGUAUUGGCCACGGGAAUCACAUCCUGUUCAAACGACAGCUUACGCUCUGUUGGCAAUACUGAAUGAUAAAGAUUUCUACGCAAAUGGAAUCUUAGCUAUGCGAUGGCUAACUGAACAGCGGUAUCAUACUGGGAGUUUUGAGCGAACGCAGGAUACAUUCGUUGGAUUAAAGGCCCUCACAAAGCUGACUGAAACUAUUUCGCCUAAGAAAAAUGAUUUAACCGUUGAACUGAAAGCGGAAAAGACUCAAAAACCAAAAAUCUUCAUGAUCACACCAGAAGAUAUCGACACAAAAUAUUUUAAUGAAAUCUCAUCCGAUUCGAGACUUUUUUCGAUUGCUGUUAGUGGAAGGGGCUCUGCAUUAUUUACUAUUCAGGCCGAGUACACUCUGGAUUUGAGGAAUCACAAAAAAAGGUUCAACUUAGAUGUGGAGAAACUUAGGAAUUCAAAUAAUGAGCUGCAAAUGAGAAUAUGCACGAGUUAUAUUGCACAAUUAUCGGAUAAUCGUUCCAACAUGGCUCUGGUAGAAGUUAAUUUUCCCAGUGGAUACGUCGUUGACAAUAAUCCAAUCAGCAAUCCAACUACAAUAACAAAAAUAGAGAAAACCCUAAUUCGGUUUGGCGCAACUUCAGUUACGGUAUAUUAUGCGAAUAUGGGAACUGAGAGAAAUUGUUUUACCAUCACGGCCUACCGCAGAUUUUUGGUGUCUCUAAAGCGACCGGCUUAUGUAGUUGUGGAAGACUACUACCAUCCUGAAUUCAAUGCCGUACAUGUUUACAACGAUGAUCAGAACUAAUAGUAAAAAAUUUGAGAAAUCCAAAAUAUUCAAUACAUAACAAAGUAAAACAGGUGCAU